UCCAGGUCAAUCGUCAUUCAUUGCAAUAUUGAAAUGCUGGUGCGACUAUUUUUCCUUUUAAUUAACUAAGAGGUUUUCAAAAUGAAUAUAUUAAAUAAUAAGGUCGACCAACUGUUUCUUUUGAAUUUCUUUCCAUUGUGGCUCCUUCUUCAACCUUCCUUUCAAUACUUUCGGUUGCCUUUUCGUGCCAAACUUCACAUGGCGUUUGGUCAACCAUCAGUUGAAGCUAUAAGCCAAAAAGGUCAUGCGGGUGGGUAUGCAGCUUCUUAAAGUCACAACAAGAUUUGUGUAUAUCCCUUAAGUUUCAGCCGUUCGAAGUGUUUUAGGUUAUGGUUACCAAUGAAAAGUCGUAUGUCAUGGAUUUCCCUGAUCAUCUUUUUCGCAAUCUGCUUCGGAAUCGAUAUGGUUUUGGUUUCUGGCCAAUGUCAGAAUAGUCAGCAAUCAUUGCUGCUCCAACUCAAGAACAGCCUCGUAUUCAAUUCUACUUUAUCUGUCAAUCUGGUGCAGUGGAACCAAAACACAGAUUGCUGUAAGUGGAGUGGUGUUGAUUGUGAUGAAGCUGGAUAUGUUUUUAGUCUGAACUUAAGCAAUGAGUCAGUCUCCGGUGGAAUUGAAAAUGCGACUGGUUUGUUUGGUCUUCAGCAUCUGAAGCGCCUAAAUUUGGCUUAUAAUAGGUUCAAUGCAACUCAAAUUCCAAACAGGCUAGCUAAUCUCACAAAUCUGACUUAUUUGAAUCUUUCUAAUGCUGGCUUCAGCGGGCAGAUUCCAUUUGAGAUUUCAAACAUGGCAAAGUUGGUUACCCUUGAUCUGUCAAGUCUUACCUUCUUGGGAUCUUCUGUCUUGGAACUCAAGAACCCAAAUUUGAGUUUGCUUAUGCAGAACUUAACAGAGCUCAGAGAACUGUAUCUUGAUGGUGUAAAUAUAUCAGCCCAUGGAAAUGAAUGGUGCGAAGCUUUGUCUUCUUCACUGCCUAAUCUACAAGUCUUGAGCUUGUCCAACUGUUUUCUCUCAGGUCCAAUCAGCACUUCCUUGGCACAACUUCGGUUACUUUCAGUAAUCCGUUUGGAUCAGAAUAAUCUGUCGUCUCCUCUUCCGGAUUUUAUAGGAGAUUUCAUGAAUUUGACCUCCCUGCACCUCGUUUACUGUGGGCUACAAGGAACGUUUCCAGAAAAGAUCUUCCAGGUACCAACACUAGUGAAUCUUGAUUUAUCAAGGAACGAAUUACUUCAAGGUUCUUUGCCACAGUUUCCUCAGAAUUUGUCACUUAGGACACUGAUGCUCAGUUUCACAAAUUUCUCAGGGACAAUACCACAUUCCAUAGCCAACCUCAAAAAUCUGUCAAGAAUAGGGCUGUCAGGUUGCAAUUUUACAGGACCAAUUCCCACUUCAAUCGCCAAUCUGACUCAAAUAGUUUAUUUGGACCUGUCAGGGAACAAUUUGAGUGGUUCAAUCCCAUCCUUUCACAUGUCUAAGAAUCUAUCUUACCUAGACCUCUCUCGUAAUCUGUUGACUGGCGUGAUCUCAUCAAGUUGGGAACAGCUUCAGAAUCUUUCAUAUGUUGACUUGAGGUUCAACUCCCUUAAUGGCAGUAUUCCCUCGUCUCUGUUUGCAAUCCCAUCAUUGCAGAAGCUUCAGUUUGCCAACAACCAAUUCGGUGGCUACCUUCCUGAAUUUUCAGAUGCCCCCUCCUCUCUGUUGGAUACCCUUGAUUUGAGUGACAACAGAUUAGAAGGGCCAAUUCCCAUGUCAAUCUUUGAGCUAAAAAACCUUAAAAUCCUCUUGCUUUCUUCCAACAAGUUCAAUGGCACUGUACUGUUGGAUAAAAUUCAAAGUCUUACCAAUCUUACAAGGCUUGACUUUUCAUACAACAGCUUGACAGUGAAUGCUACUAGUAAUGGCUCUUUCCUUCCCCAGAUUAGCACAUUGAGAUUGGCCUCCUGCAAUCUGAAAGUAAUUCCUAAUCUAAAGAACCAAUCAAGACUAUUUCAUCUAGAUCUUUCUGACAACCAAAUUUCUGGGGAAAUACCUAAUUGGAUUUGGAAAAUUGGUGAUAGAGAUCUCAAGCUCAACAAUCUAAAUCUUUCACAUAAUUACCUGGUGGGUCUGCAAGUACCUUACGUUAUUCCUGAUCUCAGUGUUCUUGACCUGCACUCUAACAAGCUACAAGGAAAGAUACCACUUCCUCCACCACAUGUUAUCUAUGUGGAUUACUCAAACAAUUCCUUUUCUUCCAUCCCAACUAGAAUUGGUUAUCUCCUCACUUUCACCAUUUUCUUUUCCCUUUCAGACAAUGUCAUUUCAGGACCUAUCCCCGAAUCAAUAUGCAAUGCAACACUUCUUCAAGUUCUUGAUCUCUCAAACAACAGGUUCAAUGGCAGUGUACCAAAUUGUUUAAUUCAAAGGAGUGAGACUCUUGGUGUUCUAAAUUUAGGGAGUAACAACCUCACUGGAACUAUUCUUGAUACAUUUCCAGAAACUUGUGCAUUAGAAACGCUAGUUCUCAACGGAAAUCAUUUAGAAGGAAUGGUUCCAAAAACUCUGGCUAAUUGCACAAUGCUGGAGGUUUUAGACCUUGGUAGGAACAAAAUAAAUGAUAAGUUCCCAUGCUGGUUAAAGAAUAUCUCCAGCUUGCGUGUUCUAGUCCUGCGAUCGAACAGAUUUUAUGGAAAUAUUAGUUGUCAAGAGAUUGAUGGUGCCUGGCCAAAGCUUCAGAUAGUCGACUUAGCUAUCAACAGCUUCAAUGGAACGCUACCCGGAAAGUACUUAACAACCUGGAAAGCAAUGAUGGCUGAUAAAGAUGCAGCAGUCAAACACCUUCGUUUUGAGUUCCUGGAACUCAACAAAUUUUACUACCAGGAUGCAGUAACAGUUACCAGCAAAGGUCUGGAGAUGGAGCUAAUUAAGAUCCUAACUGUAUUCACCUCCAUCGACUUGUCGCUCAACAAUUUUGAAGGGCCAAUACCAGAAGAGGUGGGCACAUUGAAUUCACUCCGUCUCCUCAAUUUGUCACAUAAUGCUCUCACAGGCCCAAUCCCAUCAUCCAUGGGGAACUUACUACAGCUAGAGUCCCUGGACCUCUCAGCCAACAUGCUGACUGGGGUGAUCCCCUCAGAGCUUGCAAGGCUAAGCUUCCUUUCGGUUUUAAAUCUGUCAAAAAAUUGCUUAGCGGGAAGGAUCCCAGUAGGUACUCAACUCCAAACAUUUUCAGCAUCUUCUUUUGAAGGUAAUGAAGGAUUAUGUGGCCCUCCAUUGACAAACAAUUGCCCAACAAAUUCCAGCAAGUCAGAACGUUCAGUGCAAGCUUUAAGUGAAGAAUUUGAUUGGCAGUUCAUAGUCAUUGGAAUUGGAUUUGGAAUAGGCUCAGCAGCUGUUGUUGCACCCCUAAUGUUUUCAGAGAAAGUAGACCAGUGGUACGACGAUCACAUCAUCGACCAUUUUCUAAUGGCGAUUCUCCCAGUGUUUGGGUUUAUGUACAAGACUUCUCAUCAAAGAAGGAUUGAAGCAGAGGAAGAUCUCGAAGACGAAAAAUCAGACGAAGACAAAGAUGAUUACGAUGAAACGGAACCUGAAGAACUUCGCGGGCGGUAUUGUGUGUUUUGCUCAAAACUUGACGUUACCAGGAAAAGGGUUAUUCACGAUCCUAGAUGUACUUGUCAUCACUCACUACCAGUAUCUUCAUCUAUUUCCAUUUCAUCCUCGUCUUCUUCAUUGGCUCAUUUUGAUAAAGAUUAACUUUCGUUAUUUUCUUCCUUCA